UGAAAAUGUAAUGAUGCGAAGAAGACAAAAGAAGAAAGCACAAAGGGAUCAUCAUCAACAACCACUCUCAGUGGGAAGUGAGUUUUUUAUCAUUUGGAUAUCUUCAGAAUACAAUUUGAACCUGAGGCAGCCAAACUCCACUUCCCUUCAUCAAUAUCAUUUGUAAAUCUAAUGUGUCAAAGAAUCACGUGAUGUAGAAAAGCCACUCCCACACAUACAAACAACGAAAACUCCUAAAGCCUAAGGCUUUCUGUCAUCACCUUUCUUUCUUUUCUUUUCUUUUUUUAUAUUAUAUUAUAUUUCUCCCCCAUCCCCAUUUGUUUUCCCUUAUUAAAAAAGAAAAAGAAAAACCACACCGAACAACUCCUCUCCUCUCCUUCGGACGUAUUAUUAUAUGCACACUACUGCUUGUUCAAAGUUCUGCAGCUUUCAACUCUGGAUUUCUCAGCAGCAGCCAUGUUUCUUGAUAACAUGUUGCAUUUUCACGCUGCUACCACUACUAAACUUAAGCUUCUAUUUGAGAUGGCAUGGUCACAGCUGGAGUCACCCUGUUUGUGGGAGCACACAAGCAUACUUGUACAACUUGGGUUCCUCGGAUUCUUAGUAUUCUAUUUCCUACGAAAAUGUGUUGGUAAAGCAUGCAAAAGGGGGUCAAAAGUCCCAGAUCAAAGCACAGACAAGUAUUCCUCCAUUCAAGUGAAAUCCAGCAUGGUUUAUAAAGCCUGCAUCGUUUGUUCCACUUUGGUGCUGGGAGUCCAUUUCUCGCAGCUACUGAUGCUCGUAAAUGGUCAGGAAACCCAAUGUAAAUCCAAAGGUGUAUCACUUUCGUCUCAGAUCAUGCAAGUAGCAUCAUCCACAAUUACAGUAAUUGCAGUAUUCAGGAUCCUGAAUCCCAAGGUUCCAUGGAUUCUAAGAGUAUGGUGGGUUUGUAGCUUCUUGUUAUUCCUCACCCGCACAUUUCUAGAUACCUACUUGCGAAAUGCAAAACAUGAGCGCCUCGGAGCGCGAGACUACACAGACUUCUUGGCUGUCCUCUCAUCCACCUUCUUGUUGGGUGUUUCACUCCAUGGGAAGACGGGCAUAGUAUUCCAUUCACCCAAUGCUACCACCCAACCAUUACUUGUUCAAGGAAAUGAGAGGGAAUCUCCGUAUGGAAAAGCUACUCUUCUCCAGCUCAUUACCUUCUCCUGGCUCAAUCCAUUAUUUGCUUUUGGUAUCAAGAAACCUCUUGAACAGGAUGAAAUCCCAGAUGUUGACAUCAAAGACUCUGCUGGAUUUCUGUCCCCGGCCUUUGACCAGUGCCUAGAUCAAGUUAAGGAGAAAGACAGAACCACAAGCCCCUCUAUCUACAAGGCUAUUUUCUUCUUCAUCCGAAAAAAAGCAGCAAUUAAUGCCUUAUUUGCAGUUACCAAUGCGGGAGCAUCAUACGUCGGCCCAUACCUUAUCAAUGACUUGGUAAAUUUUCUGACCCAGAAAAAAACCAGGAGCCUAGAGAGUGGUUACCUUCUUGCACUAGCCUUUCUAUGUGCCAAAAUGGUGGAGACAAUAGCCCAGCGCCAAUGGAUAUUUGGUGCCCGCCAGUUAGGCCUUCGCCUUAGAGCUGCUUUGAUAUCUCAAAUUUACAAAAAGGGCCUUCUUUUGUCGAGCCAAUCCCGCCAAAGCCACAAUAGUGGAGAAAUCAUUAACUAUAUGAGCGUAGACAUCCAAAGAAUCACAGAUUUCAUAUGGUAUCUGAACAUUGUCUGGAUGCUGCCUAUACAGAUUUCCUUAGCCAUUUUUAUUCUGAGGACAACCCUAGGUUUGGGAUCAUUGGCAGCAUUAGCCGCAACUUUCACAGUGAUGAUGUGCAACAUACCCAUUACAAGAAUACAAAAAAGAUACCAAUCUAAGAUCAUGGAAGCCAAGGAUAAUAGAAUGAAAGCCACUGCAGAAGUGCUUCGAAACAUGAAGAUUCUGAAACUUCAAGCAUGGGACAGUCAAUUCCUACACAAGUUAGAGAGUUUAAGGACCACAGAAUACAACUGGCUGUGGAAGUCCCUAAGACUUUCUGCAAUUUCAGCUUUUGUCUUCUGGGGAUCACCAGCAUUUAUCUCUGUGAUAACUUUUGGUGCAUGCAUGCUAAUGGGAAUUCAACUCACAGCUGGAAGAGUUCUAUCAGCAUUGGCUACCUUUCGCAUGUUGCAGGACCCCAUUUUCAAUUUACCUGACUUGCUCUCUGUGAUUGCACAGGGCAAAGUCUCAGCAGAUAGAGUGGCUUCCUACCUUCAGGAAGGUGAAAUUCCGCAUGAUUCUACUGAGUAUCUUCCGAAAGAUCAAACAGAGUUUGAGGUUGAGAUUGAUGGUGGAAAAUUCAGCUGGGACCCUGAGUCAAGCGUACCAACCCUUGACGGAAUAAAGUUGAAAGUUAAAAGGGGGAUGAAAGUGGCAAUAUGUGGGACAGUCGGAUCAGGCAAGUCCAGCUUGCUCUGUUGCAUUUUGGGAGAAAUACAGAAGCUAUCAGGGACAGUGAAGAUCAGUGGUACAAAGGCUUACGUUCCUCAAUCUCCAUGGAUACUGACAGGGAACAUCAGAGAAAAUAUCCUGUUUGGGAAUCCUUACGACAGUGCCAAGUAUUCUAGAACAAUUAGAGCAUGUGCUUUGACAAAGGAUUUUGAGUUGUUCAGCUGCGGUGACCUUACAGAGAUUGGAGAAAGAGGAAUAAAUAUGAGCGGGGGACAGAAGCAAAGGAUACAGAUCGCUCGUGCAGUUUACCAGGAUGCUGAUAUAUAUCUACUUGAUGACCCUUUCAGUGCCGUAGAUGCUCAUACAGGCACCCAACUCUUUCAGGAAUGCUUAAUGGGAAUUCUCAAAGACAAGACUAUACUUUACGUUACCCAUCAAGUCGAGUUUCUUCCUGCAGCAGACCUCAUUCUGGUGAUGCAAAAUGGAAGAAUAGCAGAAGCUGGAACUUUCGAUGAACUUCUGAAACAACAUAUAGGAUUUGAAAUUCUAGUUGGCGCUCAUAGCCAAGCCCUAGAGUCAGUUCUUAAAGUAGAAAAUUCAAGAAGAACAUCAGAAAAUCCAGUACCUAACGACGAAUCCAAUUCAGACUCCACUUCAAAUGCAAACCUUUCAAGCACGCGACAAGAUUCAAACUCCGAUCUCUGUAUAGAGACAAAAGAGAAGGGAGGAAAACUGGUGCAAGAUGAAGAAAGAGAAAAAGGAAGCAUUGGAAAAGAAGUUUACUGGUCAUAUAUAACCAUCGUGAAACGUGGAGCCUUGAUUCCUAUUAUACUCUUGGCACAGUCAUCAUUCCAAGUGUUGCAGAUUGCUAGUAACUACUGGAUCGCAUGGGCUUCACCUCCUACAAGUGAAAGUGAACCAAUAAUUGGAAUGAACGUCAUAUUACUGGUUUACAUGCUACUUUCCUUUGGAAGUUCAAUAUUUGUACUGGUUCGGGCCAUUCUAAUAGCAAUAGCAGGACUUGCAACGGCACAGAAGCUCUUCACCAACAUGCUGCAUAGUAUACUCCGGGCUCCUAUGGCAUUCUUUGAUUCUACCCCAGCUGGACGAAUCUUGAACAGAGCAUCUAUGGACCAAAGUGUGCUAGAUUUGGAAAUGGCAACCAAACUAGGUUGGUGUGCUUUCUCAAUAAUACAGAUACUAGGGACCAUUGCAGUAAUGUCCCAGGUUGCGUGGGAGGUAUUUGUAAUCUUCAUUCCAGUAACAGCAAUCUGCAUAUGGUACCAACAAUACUACAUACCAACAGCUAGAGAAUUGGCCCGCUUGGCAGGAAUACAGAGAGCUCCAAUUCUUCACCACUUUGCAGAGUCACUAGCAGGAGCAGCCACGAUUCGUGCUUUUGAUCAAGAAGACCGUUUUAUUAAAGCAAACCUUGAUCUUAUAGACAGCCACUCAAGACCAUGGUUUCAUAAUGUAUCAGCAAUGGAAUGGCUUUCGUUCAGAUUGAAUCUACUGUCCAAUUUUGUGUUUGCAUUCUCAUUGGUUGUGCUGGUAACACUUCCUGAAGGAAUAAUCAGUCCAACCAUUGCAGGAUUGGCAGUUACAUAUGGAAUUAAUUUAAAUGUUCUGCAAGCAUCAGUUAUAUGGAACAUUUGCAAUGCUGAAAACAAGAUGAUCUCUGUAGAAAGAAUUCUUCAGUACUCAAAUAUAAAAAGCGAAGCACCCCUUGUGGUUGAAGAGUGCAGACCUCCAAACAACUGGCCUGAAGUAGGAGAAAUAUGCUUCCAGGAUUUGGAGAUUCGUUAUGCAGAACAUCUGCCAUCUGUCCUGAAAAACAUUAACUGCAGAUUUCCAGGAGGGAAAAAAGUUGGUGUAGUAGGAAGGACAGGGAGUGGGAAAUCAACCCUCAUACAGGCCAUAUUUAGAAUAAUAGAAGCGAGAGAGGGAAGAAUUAUAAUUGAUGAUGUGGAUAUAUCAAAGAUAGGACUUCAUGAGUUGCGGUCAAGGCUCAGCAUCAUCCCACAGGAUCCGACAUUGUUUGAGGGAACGGUGAGGGGAAAUCUUGAUCCACUAUAUCAGUACACUGACCAUCAAAUAUGGGAGGCUCUGGAGAAAUGUCAGCUGGGUGAUUUGGUGCGCUCGAAAAGUGAAAAGCUGGAAGCGAUAGUGAUUGAAAAUGGAGAAAACUGGAGUGUGGGGCAGAGACAGUUAUUGUGUCUGGGAAGAGCCCUGCUAAAGAAAAGCAGCAUACUGGUGAUGGAUGAAGCAACAGCGUCGGUGGAUUCGGCAACAGAUGGAGUCAUACAGAAAAUAAUUAGCCAAGAGUUCAAAGAUAGAACGGUGGUGACAAUAGCUCACAGAAUCCACACAGUAAUAGAAAGCGAUCUCGUAUUGGUUCUUAGCGAUGGAAGAGUUGCAGAGUAUGAUACGCCGGAAAGGCUGCUGCAACGGGAAGAUUCAUUCUUUUCAAAACUCAUCAAAGAAUACUCCAUGAGGUCACAGUCACAGCUCAGUAAAUGAACCAACCACUAAAGUAAAGCCUCCAGUUGAUCCGAACAUAUAUAUAUAUAUAUAUAUAUAUAUAUAUAUAUAUAUAUAAAUCAAGGAUAGAUAGACUUAGACGUAGACCAAAAGGAAAAGGAAAAGGAAAAUUAGAAAUAUGGUCAGCAAUGGUAGCAGUAGCAGAGUAAAAGAAAAGAAAAGAAGUGAGUGGGGAUAUCAUGGGAGAAGUGUUACUCUCAAUAAAACUAUAAGUUGCAGAAGAGAAGAGAAGUUGAUCAAAUUGGGAUUGCAGAAAUAUCAAAAUAAACAUGUUUUGUAAUGUAAUUGUAUGUGAUGGAUCCAGCAGCAGGCUGCAAGUGUAACUCUUUUUAUUACUAUUAUUGAAUAAAAACAAGCAUUAUCCAUCAUUUA